CCCCCAUUCAUAUGUAAAUGAGCCGUCAUAUAUACCGAGUACAUGCCCCCUCGGAGCAGCAUUGAGGAGCCCCGUCUUUCUGCACGCUUUGUUGGCCGCUGGGAUCGCCCGGCCAUCUGUCCCAUUGACAAGCUGUAACGGCUCUCGGGAUUACACGGCAACCUCCAGCCCAGUUGGUUUCUGGCAGCGCCUGGGUUAAACUUUCACCAACAUGGCCCCCAUCCGUAACGACGCAAACGAAGCGGACGGAGGUGAUGACUGCGGUGGAGUCAAAUCUGACAGAAAGAUGAGGAAACCUCUGGUGGAAAGGAAAAGAAGGGCUCGCAUCAAUGAAAGUUUACAAGAACUCAGAGUUCUCAUGGCGGAUGCAGACCUGCAAUCAAAGAUGGAGAAUGCCGAAGUGCUGGAGAUGACAGUGAAACGGGUGGAGGGCGUCCUGCAAAGCCGGGCUCAAGAAGUGGACGCCGUGAACCGGGAGGCGUGCGAGCGUUUCGCCGCCGGCUACAUCCAGUGUAUGCACGACGUGCACACGUUCGUGUCCAGCUGCCCCGGCAUCGACCAGACGGUGGCCGCGGAGCUGUUGAACCACCUCCUCGAGAGCAUGCCCCUGAACGACGAGCACAGCCUCCGGGAGCUGCUGGAGGACACGGCGCCGGAGUGCCCCGGAAAUAACAGCACUUGGUCGGAGAGCAUGUGCGCGGCUCUCGUGUCCCCGGCCCCGUCCACCGCCUCCAGCGACGACCUCUGCUCCGACCUGGACGACACGUACUCGGAGCAAAGUCACGUUUCCUCCUCAGAGGAGGCUGACUGCCCGGAUGUGUUGAUCUCGCCUUCCUCCGCUUACUCCAAGUCAAUGUGGAGACCAUGGUAGAUCAUGUCAAACAAACAAAAAGGCAUGUUUUUAAAUGACACUAGCUUCUUUACUGCGUUAGGGUGUUGUGUGGGGGUAGGCCUCAGUCCAUGAUAAUAACACUGCUGAGGUGACAACUUUGUUAGAAGGCAUCUGAAAAGCUCUUUGUGUGUGUGGGGGGAGCGUGGGGAUGGUUGUAUUUUAGCUUACAAUAAAGCUAACAUGUAUUUAAUAAAUAAAGUAUGUAAGUAAAUCAGAAGUCAGAGACUUGUAGGGUCUUCAUUUGGAAGUGUAUUGGUCUUAUAUGGGCCUGCCUUAAGUGAAGGGGUAAAUGCAUAUGUAAAUAUUUACUUGUUGAAUAUGAAUGGACUGUAUAGAAGAUAGCUGUCCCACUAGACAUGCCUUAUUAGUUGUGUGUAAAUUAUUUUGUAUUUAGGAUGUCUUUUAACUUUGUAUUUAUACGUGUCCAAUGAUUUUUUUUUAGUAGGCUACCUCAUCUGAUUUGCCUAAGUUAAAACGUUUAAAUAAAUACCUUUUUUGGCUUUGAAAUUG